UCCGUUUAUCACUUGCAUCAGGAUGCAAGUGCAUCACGCGUGUUUCGAUUGUCUACUCAUAGGGAAGUUAGAAUUGCAUCGACCAAUAGGAUCAGCGUGGGCGCGGCGCUAGAGAGGUGGGGAGAGAGCAUCAGCCAAUAGGGGAGUUAGCCGUUGAGUGCAGCGAUGGAUCGUUGCAACGGAGUGUCGUCUUUGCAAUUCCGAAACGCAUCCUCAGUCGUCAUUAGGCUUUAAUGCGGACAGCGUCAAACGUGGCAAGUUUUCUUCCGUAUUUCUGUGCACGUUUCAGCAAAAUUAGUUAAGUGAUAUAUAGAGUGCCUUUUUUGGAAGAUGAAUUCGAUUAUGGCGAUGCCCACAGAAUUGCAAUUGCAACUGCAUCAACAGAUGCUCUUCCGGCAACAACAACUCGUUCUUCGCAGACACAGACCAGAAGAUAUACCGCAUCCAAAUGCAUGGCCCAUACCACGCUUUGGUGGAGGACCUCCUCUGCCUCCCGAAGUAAAGGUUGAAUUAGAAAAUCGAGAAUUGUGGCAACAGUUCCAUGCGGAGACCACGGAAAUGGUAAUCACGAAGGUGGGCCGACGGAUGUUCCCGUCGAUUCAGCUGACUAUCACAGGAUUAGAGCGUCGUGCUCGUUAUUGCGUCCUCAUUGAAGUGGAGCCGGCGUCGAAUCGUCGACACAAGUAUGUUGGUGGCGGUGUCGAGAAAGCCUGUGGGAACGCAAGAGGAUGGACAUCAGCUGGUCCAGCCGAACCUCAACCACGAAUUGAUCGAAGGAUUUACCUGCAUCCGGAAAGCCCUGCCACCGGUGCACACUGGAUGCAACAUCCUCUUAGUUUCCAUAAACUCAAGUUGACUAACAAUGCUGUGGAUCCUAGAACUAACGUGGUCCUUACAUCAAUGCACAAAUACAUUCCUCGAAUUUGGAUCAUUCGUUGUGAUGAUGUGACCAGAUUGAGUGAUUUGUACACCCAUCCGUCUUCUUCCUUCCAAUUCAACGAAACGGAAUUUAUUGCAGUGACUGCUUAUCAGAACGAGAAUAUCACGAAACUGAAGAUCAAUAAUAAUCCAUUUGCGAAAGGUUUCCGGGAAACGGGUCAGUCGCGAUGCAAGAGAAAAUUUCAGCAAACAGAUGGUGAAGGAACAAGCCGUAUCGAUGAAGAAGAUGGAAAUAUGUCAUCAGAAUCUGAAUCGAAUAGGUCAUCGCAUUUGGACGUUGUUGCACAGAGACCAAAAACAGCAUCUAGUGAGACAGGAAGUUUAGACGAUAGUGGUGUCAGUAGUUGUGGAGGUAUCAGUCCACCCUUACCUUCAAUUCAUCAGAAUUCACCCUCCAGGGAUGUUGAUCGUGAUACACAGCCAAGAUUACACAGGCCAUGGGUUGAUUCGUCUUCAGAAUUUUCAUCUUCCUCGAUGGCCUCUUCUUCGACGAGUUUAUCGUCACCUUACAGUGAUUUGAAUUCGUAUUACUUUCGCUUUCUUCAUCCCUCCAUCGCGAUGCAAUCAGAUUUUAUGAGGUUGCAAUAUCAAUCAAUAGUGAAUUCGAAGUAUCAAUGGGAAUGAUUGUUGAGCAUGAUAAUGACAAUAUAGGGGAAGGACCAUAAAUGAGACCAUUACAGGAAUGACCAAAGAUUCUCUGCAUUUACAAACAACGAGAUUAGAUUAAGUUAUACCUUCAAUUGAACUCUCUACGAUAUAUUGAAGGCUCGUUCGAAAAUAUUUAAAAGGAAAAAAAGAUUGCUAUUUUGGAAAGAAUUUACACUUCUGGUAGGUGUAUAGGUUGUUUAGAUAAAUAUCAUCUUAUGGAGUGUUUAUAUUUGAAUAUAUAACUGUGAAUAGUGAAUGGAAUACUAAUAAAACUCCGUUGUAAUUACUUUUAUUUAGAUUGUUGAUAUAGGACCAAAGAUAUGUAUUCCAAAUGAUCAAAGCUAUCCUUAUUUCUUAUGUUUCAAUAGUAUCAAUGAUAUUCUUGUUCUAUUAUUAUUUUUCCGUAGUUGAAUUCUUUUAGUUUUAAGAAAUUUCGUGAUAAGAUACGAAAUAAUGAUCGAAAAUUAAUAAUUAAGAAAGAGGUUUGAAUGAAAGCAAGUGCCUAAUACCGUAAAUAUUAUUCGUGUGAAUGUAAAUAAGUACAAUUUAGUGCCUUAUAAAAGGAACCGAUUAAUGAACAACCAUGUAAUUAUAAUUAAUGUAAGUAUCAUUGUUAUUAAGGGUUCCUUAUCGUGCUCCAAAUAUAAAGGAUAUACAGAAAUAGUCUGACAGUAUUAUAAACGCUAUAAUAUGAAUGAUGUAAUUGUAAACAUGUAUUUUUGUAUAUUAUAUACAUCUGUUUUUAUUGAUAAAUUUACACACUCUGAUCUUAACUCUCGAACGACGAAGCUGCGUUAAUUGUGAUCCAAAUUUCCAAAACAACAGGGGUAUCAGUUUUUAAACGAAUGUGUUUCAUACGCCGAAAAAAAUAAUAUUUAAAGACAGUGUAAAAUGUAAAAUAUGAAAUUAAAAUGAAAACCUAAAUUGCUUGUGCGAUCCGCCGUCAAAGGGUUAAUACACCAAAAUAUUAUUACCAACUGUACCGUUACUUAAGAUACAUAGUUUAAGGAAAUUUUUCUAC